CACUGUCAGUGGGGAGAGAGAGUUAGUCUGUAACAUAGCUGAGCAGAUUGAAUAUCCUGCUGUGUAUCGGUGCUCAGCAGUACCGCUCUCCCAGGUAUAAUUCCAUGGUAACACCUUUGGGAUGAGACAUCACUGAAAGUCUGGCUUCUGCUUUAUUCACCUGCAAGCCUUCUGCACAAGUAUUUUGAGUUGAUGAGACAGCGCCACAAUAAGUAAGUGUUAUAGAUUUGAAUUUAUCAAAUAUAGUUUGCUUUUAAUGUAAAGUUGCUCACACUGUAGGCAUUCCUUUAUUUAAAAACGUAAAAUGGGAAAUUACAGAAUAAGAGAAUACCAAGAUCAGAGUUCUAAAAGUGGACCACUCAGCAAGAUGAAUUUAUUGGUUCCUAUGGCCAAUGCCCCACUUUAAGAAACUUUGUCGAAUUUUUUCUUUAUGAUAUUAUUAUAUAUAACCACCAUGUAAAAGGCGCUGAAAGGUAAUCUAGGCUAGUGGGUGUACAUAUGGAUAUGAGCACUAUAAUUCUAAUUAUCACUGUUAAUUGAAUUGAGACCUGCUAGGGAACAUAUUCACAGUCACGUAUUUAUAUAUAGAAUUUGUAUUGAAAUUAAUUUUGCCCCUACAGCCAUUUGCUUCCUUGUUUAUUGAGAAGCGAUAUAACUCCUCUUUCAAGACUUUCAGGGUUUUUAACUAAAGAGAGAAUUGUUGGCAAUUCAAAGUGAAUUUAAAAUCUAAAACUAAAGUAGCCUGAAGCAAAGAUGAGUUAGAUAAUGUUUUCACAAUUUUCACUUAAAGGACCACUCUAGGCACCCAGAAUACUUCAGCUUAAUGAAGUGGUCUGGGUGCCAGGUCCUUCUAGGGUUAACCCAUUUUUUUAUAAACAUAGCAGUUUCAGAGAAACUGCUAUGUUUGUGAAUGGGUUAAGCCUUCCCCCUAAUCCUCUAGUGGCUGUCUCAUUGACAGCCACUAGAGGCGCUUGCGUGCUUCUCACUGUGAUUUUCACAGUGAGAGCACGCAAGCGUCCAUAGGAAAGCAUUGUAAAUGCUUUCCUAUGCGACGGGCUGAAUGCGCGCAGCUCUUGCCGCGCGUGCGCAUUCAGCCCAGGAGGAGGAGAGGAGGCAGAGAGCUCCCGCCCAGCGCUGGAAAAAGGUAAGUUUUUAACCCUUUCCCCUUUCCAGAGCCGGGCGGGAGGGGGACCCUGAGGGUGGGGGCAUCCUCAGGGCACUAUAGUGCCAGGAAAAUGAGUAUGUUUUCCUGGCACUAUAGUGGUCCUUUAAGUGAUUAACAUGCAACACUGUUAUGCAUUAAACAUUAAUGACAUUAGUCAUUUAAGCAAACAGUUUUUACUUGAAACUAUGGAUGAAAGUUAAAGUCAUGAAAGUAUAGUUCUCUCCCCCCCCCCCUUACCAAAUUUAUACUGAAAUCUGAUGAAUUUAAAUGGACACUAUAGUCACCAGAACAACUACAGCUUAAUGUAGUUGUUCUGGUGUCUUCAACCUGUCCCUGCAGGCCUUUUAAUGUAAACACUUUUUUUUUCAGAGAAAAGGCACUGUUUACAUUACUGCCUAGGGACACCUCCAGUAGCAGUCACUCAUACAGCCAUUAGGGAUGCAUCCUUGGUUAGUGCUGCACAAUGUGCAACACUGAUGUUCAGCGUCUCCACAAUGCCUUCACUCAAUGCAUCGCAAUGAGGAGAGGUUGAUCGGAGCAGUGCUGCAUUUUGCUGCACAUGCACAAUAGCCUCCUAAUGCUUUCUGUUGAGAAAGCAUUUGCUUGGCUGAGAUCAUCAAGUUUGAUUAUCUCAGCCAGGGGGGCGGAGCCAGCCGCAAGGAGCCCCAUGCGGUGCUGAAAAAAGGUGAGUGAAUCACAUUAAUACUGCAGGGAGAGUAGGGCCAGCCACCUAAAUGGUAAUUUUAGAGCUGCAGUGUCAGUAGUAGGUUUGUAUUCCUGAUACUAUAGUGUUCCUUUAAAUGUAGAUAAUUACAUAGAAAAAUAUAAUUGUAAAUUGAAAAAAAUAAUUAAUUCUUUAGUGCAGGAAUAGCAGCUAAAUGGGGGAUGAAAACGAUCAGAAAAUGUUCAGGAAAUAAAUCCUGAAUUAUUUCCCAAUAUAAUUUAAAAAAUCCUGCUUCUUUUCCCCCAUGUGUUUCCCCCCAUAUGUGGAUGUUAAAGAAUAAAUAAGCAAGUAAUACACUAGAAGGCCAUCUUGACAAAGACCCUGCUGUGUUGAAACAUUCCUGUUGUUUUGCUCUAAAAAAGCUGCUAUUUGGGCUUUAAUCCUUGAGUGCCUGGAUCAAUAUUUAUUUUCUAUAGUCGUACUAACCCUCGCUCUUACUCCCUGCUGUAGGAAGAUGAUAAAAAUUGUAAUAGAUAUACCAGUUUGGAGAAUAUUAUAGAAUUUACACUGCUCCGCCACAGCCUUAAAUCCACUCACUGUUGAAGGGAAUAACUUUGAUUAUAUCGUUACAAUGGCACCUGUCAAGGGUUGGGAUGUAUUAGGCAGCAAGUGAACAGUCAGUUCUUUUUCAGGUGUUGGAAGCAGGAAAAAUAGGCAUGCAAAAUGAUCUGAGAGCCUUUGACAAGGGCCAAAUUCUGGGUGAGAGCAUGUGCAAAACGUAUCAUCUUGUGAGGCGUUCCCAAUAUGCAGUUGUUAACAUCUAUCAAAGGUGAUGAAAGGAAGGACAACCGGUGAACUGGUAUCAGGGUGAUGUGUGCCCAAGGCUCAUUGAUGCCCAUGGGGAGCGAAGGCAAGCCUGUCACGAUUCGGGGAACCCAACACGCUGGCACACACACACACAGAAAAGGUGCCGUACCGGACCUUAGAGUGGCCGGGCUAAGCAUACACAGAAUAGUCAGGAGACAAGCCGAGUAAGGGGAACCAGAAGACAGAAUAACGUGAAACGAGCCGAGGUCAAAGGGUAGGAGAAAGUCACAGAGUCAGAUAAACAAGCCAGAGAGUACGUAACCAGAAACACAAGGUAAGUAGCAAUACUAGUAAGCAAAGACCACAACAGGGCAGGGAGGAACAGGAAAGGUAAGUAUUUAAACCAUAAGGUUAAUUCUGAUUGGAUAAUUUCCAAUCAGAAUUAACAAUCACAUGUGGGAGAUAUCUAAACCUCCCACUGUGAUUGAGGCACUGUGCCUUUAACGCCGGGUCAGGUGACUGACCCCGGCGUGUAAUAAUUUGGGCGGUCUCCCAGCGUGCAGCGUCAUGUAUGCUGCCGCUGGGGGACGUGGAGGAAACGGCGGGCUGCAUCCGAGGCUGGAAGGAUGCCGCUCGCCGAGCCCACGAGGAGGAGGGGACCGCGGACGGCUGGAGGGUGAGUACCGAGAGCGGAGUGCAGCCUCCCCUCGCAGCCGCCCGCGGGAUCCCGACAUUGCCAGUCUGGUCUGAUAUUACAAAAGAGCUACUGUAGCGCAAAUUGCUGAAAAACGUAUGAUAGAGACUUUUCAGAAUACAUAGUGUUUGCUGUUUAGCCACAGACUGACCAGUGUGCCCAUGAGGACCCCUGUCCACCAUCCAAAGCAUCUUCAAUGGGGAAAUGAGCAACAGGACUGGACCAUGGAGCAAUGGAAGAUUGAUAUGUUUAUCAACCAAAAUUUUGCAUAUGGGAAAACUCCCAUCUCCUAGCUGUGACUGCAGUGUAGUCCUAAAAGAGGAGAAUAGGAUGGUUUUGAUAUUUGAGGUCACAGUUCUGUCUGUAGGUUUGUAAGAUGGUUACUUUGUCGGAAAAGUUCAGGGGUUGUUGAUGUCCAGUGUUAAAGGGCAUAUGUAAGGCUGUAACCAAUAUAUAGUGAGUGACAAGGUGAUACAGUUAAACAUCAUCAUGAAAGUGGAGCACUAAACAAUGUGUGUAUGUGUAAAAUACAAUAAACACAAUCAUCUUAUGUGUGGAAAGGGAGCACUUUAACUCAAUAUUCUCAGAAUAUGUUGGGAAAUAAAAAAGAGCAAAGUGCAACACUGUGUGAUCAAUAUUUCAGUUGCAUGUGAAUUUUAAAAACAGUAUACUCACAUGAUAUAGAGCCUAGAGAUGAUUAGCCAAAAUCUUUAGCACUUAUGUAUCUUAGAGGUGGUACACUCCCUUCUCUGGAUACUUGGAUGGAUAUGCUUGUGGGAGUGGGGAGAAUAUACCAAUGUUGCCCCUUGCUUAGUGUCUAGGGGGAACCCUUUCUUUAAAACUGUAAGGGUAUGCAGCUAGCUGUAAGUAAAUGGUGGGAGCCAUCAAGUGCUCCCUGAAUGUACCAGUGCUACAUCAUUUAUAUACUCAAUAAUCAUUAAAGGUUACUCCAGUCCCCUUGAUUACUUUAGAGAUUUCAUAUGGAUAUGGUGUCUGGAGUCUAUCUGUGCAGUGUUUUGCUUUGAUACUCUACACAUACCGAGUUUAACCACUAUGCUGCCAGAGAUGUAUCUCUACUUCUGGCAGCGUCAUUGGGGUUCAACAGCUAUUCCAGAACUAGAGUUGGCUAUUGUUAAUUCUGUAAAAAAAAUGUGAUGCACAGAACCUCAUUCAUUGGCUGGGAGCAGCCAAUGGAUAAGUGUCAGAAUUGGCAUUCAGCAAUUUCACCUCUGUAGAGGCUGGAUGUCAUGAACCCUGUAUCAGAGGUGACCCAAACCCGGCAGAACCAGAUACGAGAACAAACCAUUGUAAAAUGGUUUGCCCCAUUACUGGGGAACAGUGCCGGGGUAAUCUAAACAUUGUCUCUUUAAAAGGCAAACACGCUAGCAGUUAUAUAUUAAUCAAUGCAGGUACGUUGAUUUUUGAUCACAAUGGUUACAUUUUGUCAGACCUUUCCCUAAUACAUAUCUCAAGCUCUUUGUUUGUUUGUGCUGUUUACUGUUCUCUGUCCUAUGAUUACAAUCACAUACGCCAUGUAAGUAUUUUAAAAAUAAACCGUUAACCUACAUGUUUUUGUUUCUCAUUACUGCUUGGCCCAAGGAAGCUCCCCUAUUUAAAUCAUGCUAGAUUCUUACUAUUUACAGGAGCUGGAUGACAAAGAGGUACUAAUCUAUCUAUGUGUGUUUUUACUUUUAAUGUGUUGGUAGAUGUUGCAUGUUCAUUUUAUAAAUGUUGCAUGUGUAAUUUUCCUUUGGUAGUAUUUCAUGUUUUUUUUCAUAUUGCAUGCAUAAUAACCUAUUAACCUGGUUGUUCUUUCUUUGCUGCUUCAAAAAAUAUAUUCUAAUAUUAGUAAUCAGUAGGUUAGAAUGACCUUCCAUAUUUGCUCCACAAAUGUAUCUUCUCUCUGCUAUAAUAAGUGGCAUAGUCUUAAAAGAACACUAUAGCAUUAGAAAUACAAACCUUUACUCUAACACCCAUACUCACUUGGCUGUGCUAGCCACUCUGCCACAAUCCAAUGUUCCUCAUAGAAAAGCAUUGAAAGCAAAUGUACUGCGUGGCGAGUGUUGUGCCUGCAUUCAAUGCUUCUCCUAAGAAAACACUGACUGAAUUCAAUGCUUUCCUAUACAGUGCAACCUCAUGUGACCGAGUUUUACUGGUUCGUUGUAGAGGAAGUGCAUCUUGUGGCUGUUUGUACAAAAAUAACAUAACCACUGUAUAUCCAGACUACAUCAUUGAGAUGAACUGGUCUGGGUGACAUUAAUGGUCCUAUAAACACCUGGGUAGAUACUAGAUAACUGGUAAUUUUAUCACUGGACAUAGAGUGGGAGAGUAAAAUCCCCUCGCUUUGAUGGUAUUAAGAGUUUGACAUGGACACUAGGAGAAAGUAAGACUUUUUCAAUAAACCAGUAUGCUGUAGUGGCCCAAAAAUAUAUCCAAUGUGCACAUUAAUCUGAUCAAAAGGAGAGCUCAGCUUUAGCCAUUGUACAUUUUAAUUCAUGUAUAAAAGUUAAAUGGUUAUUGUUUAGCACAAGACAAGUCUCGACACGCCAGAUAAUGAUGGUCUGUCAAACAUAGAUUAUCAGUGAGCUUGACCUGUUAGCUGAAUUGAAUGAAUGGAAUGUCCGACCCUUGUUCUAGUUCCCAAUUAAUUAAUUUGUUCUGAAAAUGUGAGAUCAUUUACAAGUUGAAGGGACUCUCCAGUGCCAGGAAAACAAACCUAUUUCCUGGCACUGCAGGAACCUGCAGUGCCCCCCACCCCCUGUCGCUGAAGGGGUUAAAACCCUUCAGCUACUUACCUGAAUCCAGUCUCUCGGUGCUUUGUCAGGCUCAGCCCACGCUGACAUUGGCGGGGUAGACCUAAUGCGCAUGCGUCGCAAUGGCCAUGAGGACGUCCAGCGUCAGAUAACCGACCAAAGGGCAGACUUCUCUGGAACUGCAAUGUUUUACAUUGUAGCACUAAGUGCAAUAGGGGCACAGCACCCAGACCACUUGAAUUAGCUGAAGUGGUCUGGAUGGCAGGAGUGUCCCUUUAAGACACAACAUUUUUUUCUCUAAUUUGCCAAUUUAGGUGUAAAUUUUAGAAUAAACAACAGUGAUGUACCAGUGAUGUUGUUGAUUCUAAAAUCUACACCAUAAUUGGCAAAUUAGAGAAAAAAAAAUUCUCCAGCUCUUCUCUUUUUCCAUAUUUCCUAAUUCAGACAAAGUUUUGCAGCUGUUGAAUACAUUUUUCCAUUUUUUUUGUCUUCCUCUCCAAUGCAGUUGGAAUUAGACUUGUUCAUUUAGCUUUGCGCAAUCUGGGAUUCAUACAAAUUUUGGGUGAUUGUAGAAAAAAUCCUUCUUAUAAUAUAUAUUUCUCUUCUUUCUUCUUGUCGUGAUGUUAAUAUACAUAUGUGUGUCAGACAAAAACAUAAAUACGCAUCAAACAAGCUUACAGUCAUAUGAUUCCUAUUGGUUCAGAGCUACAUUCCAGAAUUCUCAGAUAAAGAAAGCUUGUGACUUAUUGAUACCAUCUUUUACUUGUGCUCAAUACAGACACCCAUAUCUAAUAUGAAUAGAAUAUGCAAUAUUCUACAGUGAUUGGCAGGUACCAUGCCCACAUGUGCCCACUCAUUGCCUGCUUAUUGUUAAAGAGGUUUCCUCACGCAAUUAUCUCUCAUGCACAGAGGAUCUUGGGAGAAAUGACCCUGUAUGUAUGUGAUGGAAACCCCUUGCAGGAAACUUUGCAUAACGAGGCUGUGUGUGGCCCUAAAUCAAGACAGUCUAUUCCCAGCAUUAAUUAUCUGCUAAUGUGUGGGGGGGAAAGCUAUACUUGCUCUUUUACUUGCUCCUCUGUGGAGGAGAGCUCUAACCACUGGGAGCUGGAUCCAUGGCUUGGGCCCGGAGUGGGAAGAGGCGGGGAGAGAUCAGCCAAGCUGUGGCUGCUGGGGGUUGGAAGUGCUUAUGGUGUCCCGGCAAAGUGCUUAUGGUACUCGGUGAUAACUAGGAAGCAUGUUUGGCGGAGGUACCCAGACGAGGUACCAGGCGGUCUGCCACAGUCUGAAUUUAGUAACUAUGAAGAGUCAUAUGAACAUAUUACGAACAGACAAAGCAUGAGCACGUUUGUUUCUUUUGUGAUUCGGAGUUCUUCCGUGCUGCCAAAAUUAACAGGUAAUUGAAGGGGAAAAAGAAGAUUGGUAGUUAGUGUAUAGCCACUAAAUGUUGAUUGUAUUCACAGAUCAAGUGUGACGUAACCAAUAGAGGGAAAACAAAGAGGAGCAGAAAAAAAAAAAAUCUAUAUUUCAGUAUUCUAUAUUUUAUAAAUGCAUAAUAUACGAAUAUAACACAAGAGGUGGGGCAGCGACUAGAAUGUCCUUAGGGCACAGAAUUAAAAAAGAAAGCUAAUAGUGAAGUAUUUUACAGUUCCAAACUGUGGAACUAUGACAUACUUCACUAUUAGCUUUCUUUUUUUAUUUUAUGCUCUAUUGACAUCUGCGGUGCUGCCCCCCCUCUUGUGUUAUAUUUUCUUCUUUACGGGACGAGAGACCCCAGUUCUGGUGAUCAACAUGUCUAUUGGACUAUAUCAGUAGUUUUAAAGUACUGAAUAUCUCCUUGCUUUCUAAUAUAUAAAUGUCUGUUGGAACAUCUGUCCUUGGUGAUUACCAGAAUUCUCCUGUCAUGGCCUUAGAGUUCUAUCCAGAUGGUUCCACGCCCCAAGUACUUGGGGACACUCAGUGACAUAGACCAUACAAAUAAGUCAAUUCAGAGAAUGUCAAAUGUCUAUUAAACAGAACAUAGUUUAUAAUGCAACACGCAAUAAGGUGCAGUCUACAGGGAGUUUCAUUAAUUACCAAUAAAAUAUGGACAGCUACUAAAUGACAACAUGCAAACUGCAAUGUAAAGGCAUGCAGCCAUUCGUAGGUAUCAAACUUCUCUAGGGGGCAUUAAUAGGUGAGGUCUUCCUAAAAGCGGGUUGCAAACCAAGCACGUGACAUUCUCGCAAUGUAAAAGUUUGUUAGCUUAUCAUUCAUCUUAACAGAAUUUAACCCUUUCAGUAUAAAUAUACAUUUAUUUAUUGUUCCUCCUCCUUUUCCCUCUGUUGGUUACUUUUUCUAUUUUGGGAGCCAAAAGGCACAAAAAUGUGUUUAGCAGUGUACUGGAAAAUAUAUACAUAAUAUCUAAAUUCUGCAUUACACUCAUUUACCCAUUUUCAUGUCCGUUCUGGUUUGUCUGAAUUGUUUUAAUGAAUAUUUUGCAUGGACAAUAUUCUGACAAGUUGAACCACCACAUGGACAAAUAUCGUACCACCUAUACAAAGUAUUUCUUCCCCACAAAUUUAUUUGGUUGAACCAAAUUUUUCUGCUGUACAAGUCUAGUUGGCAUAGAGAUGUAUACUAUUCAUGUCUUGGAAAAAUGUGUACACUUCUGCACAUUUAUAGUACCUUGCUCAGAAUCCCACAAUGCAUUACACGUUUACCGUAUUUUAUUUAUGCCGUGAUGCUCACAUUUGGAAAUAAUGUACCUAGCACAAUAAAGCAAGGAAAUGAUGUAAGGUAUGAUGGUGAGGAGGGGUCAAAAAUAUGGGAGAAAUAUGGGAGAAAGAGGAUGAUAUAUAUAGUGUAGUUUACACAUGCUCACCAGUAUUUUCCUUUUUUCUUCUGAGUGUGAUUUAAUGGCUUUACUUAGAGGUGUUAAAUGAUGUGCUGUCAAAUGGACCCACAAAUACUCUUCACUUAAAUGACAAGUUCAGUGUGAUCUCUAAGACCCAACUCUAAAUCAGAAGAGCAUGACACAGUGAAAUCAUAAUUUGGAAAAGUUUGAAGGAUAUUAAUAAGAAGAAGAUCCAGGACAGGCAAAGGAGUUAACCCUUGUAGUAAAUGAAAUAGAAAAAAAGGAGAGCGAAAACUGUCCUUGCUGGAGGGUUAAGGUACUAUAAAACAUAACUUUUAUUCAAUACAAAAACUAAAAUAAGACAAAACCUAAUAAACCAAAAUACAAAAUAAAAUUGAUAAAGGAGUAGUGAUGAUAAGUCACCCAGUAAAUACUAUUGAGAUGUAAAGGUGUUAGAUAUACAAACAGAGGUAAAUGAUGUGAUAAUAUAUAGAGUAUAAAAUAACAGCUAAAUACAGUGGUCAAUUGAUGCUAUUUGUGAGAGUUGUGUGAGGUUGCAACAAUAUAACUAAAUCACCUCUAAACUAGCUGCCUAUCUAAUCUGAAUACUGUCCAGGCUGCAAAUUUGGCAAUAGGAAUAUAGAAUACAUCUAUGUCUGACCAGGCACCAACGCACCCACUCAUUGUAGAAAGCCAGCAACCAGAACGAAUAUUAAGACACGAUACCCAGACCUUCUGGACGCAAAAAUACUAUGCGGAUCAUUAAGUCAAUGUACAUAAAUCUAGAAAGGUAUAUUUGGAAAGGUGGUCCAAAUAAGAGAGUAGGUUUGAGCAGAGCAAGGUAUCAAUGUGAGCCCAGACACGCUUUUCGUCGGUAAGCAGCUCUUCAAAGGGGAACUGAAUCCCUGUGGGCAAGGAUUUAAAUAGCUCGCUCAAUGUUAUCAUUGAUGUGUGUGUUGGCUAAUGGUAAAGGCAUGAGAUGAAUAAAUGAAUUAACACGGCAGGCUGAGUAAAUAGGAUUUUCUAAGGGAGGGGAGGGUUCCCAGAAAAAAGGGGAAAAAAGAAAUGGGAGUAGAAGGGGGUCAAUAACAGCCCAAACUAUAAAUAUGUGCUUAAUGAAAUAAGGUAAUUAUAUUUGAAAAAAAUCUAAAAAAAAAAUAUAUGAUAUAUAAACCUGUAAAGAUAAUACAAUUGCCGGAUGUAAGUAAAAGUGUUGAUACACAGCUAAAGAAAGUGCAUUAUGAAGGUGUAUACUCCUGAGACUGGGCCAAAUGUAGAGAGUAUAAAAAUAUAAAGAACACUAAUUAAAGGGGAUAAUGAGAUGAUCAGAUCAGCCAGAAGAACAGACAAUAAUUAUUAUUAAAGAGAUAUGUAUGGGAAUGUCAUAUUAUUUCAUAAGACCACUGAAGAUGAGCAAUUACCUUAAUAAUUCUAAUCUAGUUAACUAAUCAUGUGGAUGAUACACGGCCAUAAAAUAAAAGUAAUUAAAGGGUAAUGAUAAGUACAGACAUGAUCAAUACUAAUCAAAGAAACAUGCCCAAAUUAGUAUUACAGUACUAUAAUAUGAACGAAAAAUGUAUACACAAAAAAUCAUUACCAGUAUUAAUCUGGUAUGUACAUUGAUCAUCUGUAACGUCUUUCCAAUAUAUUGUACACCACAGCUGCAUGUAAUGAUGCAAGUACUACUGCAAUUUAUUAGUACGUUGGUGUCUACAAUGAUAUUGGACUGGGUUGAUUUUGCAAAUUUUGAUGGUGUAAUAUAUUGACAGGCUUUGCAGUGACCACAUCUGUAGGUACCUUUAGUUUGUAAGCCAGUUUGAUUUAGAUGGAAUCGAUUCCAAGUGACGGGGCAUGAGUAAAUCAUAUACGUUUUGAGAGCUAAGAUCUGUAAGAGCUGGACGAGCCGGCAACGUUUGUUGAAGUAUCGGAUUAUGUAAGAGUAUGGGCCAAUUUACUUGACAGAAUAUUACACAUAGUGGUCCAAUCCUUAUCAUAAGUGCCCAUAUAUCUUGGUUUAGAGGGAUUAUUUUUGUCCUGGUAGAUCUAAGAUUCGCUAUUCUGUCAGUCUGACUGGCUUGCUGAAAGGCUUUUUUGAGGACUUUAUUGGGAUAACCCAAUGUCUUUAAACAUAAUUUGAUAAAUGAUAACGUUUGAGACAUUUGACUGUAUUUCAGUAUAGCCUAUUGGGGAUUGCUGUUAGCGUACUAUUCCCAUUAUAUUUCCAGUAGAUUACUGCGAGUGACCAGGUAGGCAAUAUUCCCCCUUUUCACUCUACGUGCCUAUUUCCAGCUGUGUGAUUUUAGCAACCGUGUAUCUUUUACUUUCUAACUCUUUAUAUGCUCGCCUCUAGGGCUUGUGCAGACAUUUAGUUCUAUUGUUGGAACCUCACGCAACUCUCAAUGUUGCAAAUAGUAUCACCAUAUUUAGCGGUUAUUUUCUACUCUAUAUUAUUACGUCAUUUUUACCUCUAUUUGUAUAUCUAACACCUUCACAUAUCAAUAGUAUUUACUGAGCAACUUAUCAUCACUACUCAUUUAAUCAUUUUUUUUUUUUGUAUUUUGGUUUAUUUAAUUUUGUCAUAUUUCAGUUUUUGUAUUGAAUAAAGGUUCAAUUUCAUAUUACCUUUUUUUUUCUAUUACAUAAUUUGUACUUGGUUUAAGAGCUCAUAUUAUCAGGUAACAACACAUCUCCAACAUGUGAUGUGUAGGGUUUGCCUGGUCUCUUAAGUGCCUACCCCCCCACAACAUCCAUGACACAAGGAGCCCCCCCCCCCAACAUCCAUGACACACCCAAAAGACUCAGGCCUUUAUGGUAGACAGCCACUAGAGGGAGUUUCUCUAUAAUUGCAAUGUUUAAUAUUGCAGGACUAAGGGGAACAGGGACACUGCAGCCAGACCACUUCAAUAUCUAGGAGCCUAUGGUGUCACUUUAAUGAGAUGUCCUGAAGACACUAGCCCAGUUUUUGUUUAGAGUAAAAAAUUGCAUGUUUCUUUCAGUGUUGCAGCAGACAGCUUAUCUUUGCCAAUGAUGGCAGAAGCACUUAAUGGUUAACAGUCAUCAUGCAAUUCAAUCAAGCAAUUGCUAUUUUUAUUCCACAGCACUGUGCACACCACAAAGGGUUAUUGGAGUCAGACAUUUCAGCAAAUUGUCUUGAACUGUUAAUACAGAUAUCAUAUUUCUUACAAAGGAGCAUUAAUUCAGAUUAUUUGGACAUUCCACACAGCUAAAGCACUGCAGCUUGCUCAAGUGCUUUAUGUGUGAAGAGUGUGUCCUCUUUUUUUUUAAUUUUACAAAAAAGUGCAGAAUGCUAUUGGAAUUGGCCCUUAAAUAAAUUAAAGAGGUGAAAGAAGUAGUUACACAAAUGAAAGAUAGAUUCCCAAUACAUGAACCCCUUUCACUGACAUUUCAUGGCAGUAGCAGUCAGGAGGAUAUAAUCAUAUCCUGCUGAUUUAGGUAUGCAACUCUUGCCACUCUCAGCCAUCCACAACAAACCGAGGGAUAUGGGAGCUGCACUGAAAAAAAAAAUCUGUAAAUAGCAAACCACUGAGAUUUUUCAUUUUAUGAACACAUUACAUCAAUGCCUGCUGUGCCAGUUUUUUUCUACAAACUAGGAGGAAAAAGGGCAGAUAAGACUAACGUGGACAUUUUAUACUAAUAUAGUCAGGGUAAAAAUAGUUAUUUGGUGGAAGAGAAGGGGUUUGAUAUAUUGGAUGGAAGAAAGGUUAGAUUAGGAGAGGAGUGUGUAAAAAAUGGAAGAAGCAGAAUGAAUCUGAGAGAUGGGGGAUAUAGUAGAGUAGGAACAGAAAGAAAGGAAUGGGAAAAUAAAGUGAAAGAAUAUGGGUACAGAUGUUACUUCUUAGACAUUCCUCGAUAUUAAAACAGACAUCAAACAGAGUAAACCACAAUAAAGUGUUUAUAAACAAAAAAUCCAGCAAGCAGAAGCUUUUGGAAAUAGAGCUAAUCGCCCAGAAUUUAUCAAGACUUACUUACUGGAUAUGUUGCAAAAUUAAACCAUGCCUUCUCUCUGCGCCUACAUCUCCUCUCUCUCUCUCUCUCUCUCUCUCUCUCUCCCAUGCGCUGCUCUGUAGGCUGGGAGGAAGUGAAGAGUAAUCACCUCCUCCCAUCACUGCGCCACCUGUGGCUGCAUGGGGAACAGCUGGUUUCUGUAAGGACUGUAGUACGGCCAGCUGCCGCAGAACCUCUUUGUGCCAGUCUCUGCAAGGGGCACAAGGGGAUGCUUGCUGUGAGCCCCUGUAAAUUAGGGGCAGAGGGCAGUUGCACUGCGGUAAAGACGAGUCUGGGCAGGAGGGGAGCACUGUCCAGUCAGUCCUCUCCCUUCCUGAGGGUCGCCAGUAGACUGCCCCCCCCCCGGCUGUUGCGCCCUAGAGGGUUUGCCUAGUUCGCCUAAUGGUCUUCCCUGGCCCUGCAGGGGAAGAAAGGGAGAGCUUACAAAGAGUGCAUACAAGAGAUAUAAUGCACAAUUAAACGCAUGCAUGCUUUUAUUGGGGUUAUAUCUACUAAAUUGUUUUCAAAAAAUACCUUUUUUUUCCCAUUGAAGUGUUCCUUUAAAUAACUUUGCAUACUCAAAAAUACAAUUACAUACCUCACAUGGAUACUUAAAAUCGCAUAUCCUAGCAGAAAAUAUGGGGACUUGGUCACACAAAUACCAUUUGUAAGCCCACAACUGUAUAAAUGUACCCCAAUAUCUGGGGGUCCUGCACUAGGAGAAAAACAUGCUUACUGCAAUAUUACUGCUUAAACUGCUUAAAGAGCCUCUUUUGAAGUUUGGCAUAAACACCUUUGCCCUCAAAACAGCAUAAAUUGCACUUGCGCAAAGACAGCGAUUUUGCAGGUAUACAUGCCUCGAUUUCAUAUUUUGUUUAACAAUUAAAAAAAAAAAAUUAAAAUAUCUACAAAUAUAUUGUACACAAAAAAUAUCUCAAUAUAUGUAAAGAUAUUAAAUCAUUUUAAAAGUUUAUCAAACAAUAUCCGAGGACAUAGUCAGAAGCAGGACAUACUUGAAAACAAGAGAAAUCUCAAUGUAUCUUCCAUGGUAAAAAGUUUUAUAAAUAAAUAAAUAAAUAAAUAAAUAAUGAUUAAACAAUUAUACUAAACAAGUGCCAAUAAUAUGUAGUUUAAUAUGUAGGUCAGUAACACAUCAUAAAGACUUCCCUUGGAACCCUUGUAUACCCAUCUCCUGGUGAACUAUGGCCAAAGUGGUCUUUAUGGGGGAAAAGAAAGUCAUAGCUCCAAUUUGGAAAAAAGACCAAAUGGCUCAACUAUGCAUGAAAACACAGGAACUGGGGGGGCAGGACCGGACGGCCAUGCUGACCAGUCGAUACAAGAGAGGCUCCUGUGGGGAUCGACUAUUCAAGCUGAUUUUAGAGGCUCACGGGCUUCUCCCAAGCUAGGAACAUAUAGCAAAAUCAGCAACUAGUUGCUUGUGGUGUAGCAAACCUCCUCACUCCCAUCAGCCUCAGACACCACACUAGACCACAGGGAAUCCACCCUCCAGAAAAGGGUAGGAAGCUAGAGGGAGUUAUCUGUCUCUGUGUGUGUCAGUACAGGCCCCGAUCCUAGGGUCGCCUGGGUGCAGAAUUUUUUCUCUCUCCCCGAGGUAGGCGUGGUCAUAUUUCUAACCCCUCCCCUUUGAAACGACUCCAUCUCUCCAUCUCCCUUCUCCAUCUCCCUUCACUGAGAGACACACACACUCACUGAUUUGUCACACACUGACAGAAACAUACUCAGGCAGAAACAUUGACACACACUCUUAAUGACAGAUACACAAUCUCCCUGAUUUGAAACACUCACUGACAGACACAAAUGCUUACAGACACAUAGUGGUACACAAAACAAGGCAGUCCAGUUUUAAAUCACAACAUACAUAAUCACACAAUUACACACACACUGCCCCAUGCAUACCUAGAUAGUCACACACAAUACAAUACACACACACAUUCACACUGUCAUAUGGACACUGUAUCAGACACACACACACACACACGCACGCUCAGUGUCACAUACACACAGUUCUGGCUGUCAUGAACACUGGGAGAAGGAAAGGAGGCCAGGGUCCCUAUUGUCUAGUGGGAGGCCGGUAUUCCUUUCUGCUUCCCCUCUGUGCAGCAGUGGCUCUAGACUUGGUGAACCUCUUAAACAAUUAUCUCUAUAAACUCAUUUUUAUAUAUUAUUUUUUUAAUGCAAAGCUUCUAUGUAAAAUAGUUUUCCUUAUUUUAGUUUGUUUUAUAUGUACAGUAAUGUAUGCACCCCAUACACAAAUCAAAUAUAUAAAUCCACAGAUCAUAUCUCAUACAUACAUAGACGUGUGCACACUCACAUAUAUACACAGAUACACACUGUCACAUACAGACGCACAUAACAACAUACACAGUCAUGUACAUACAUACCGGGUUAUUUACAAUAAUGAGAAUUGUCAGGAAUUCAUAGUAGAUUUCAAAUUAGUCAAACUGAAAGCAUUGAAUUCCUGACAAUUGUUUUAGUGAAUAACCUUGUCAGACAUGAAUUAACACACACCAUCACAAUCAUCACAGACACACACAUCAUCAUGGACAGAGACACACCAAAACACAGUCACAGACAUACACGCAUUAACACAAUUACAAACAUUCAUAAAAAAAACACAGAGGCACAUACAUUAAAAGACACACAAAGUCCCAUACAUAGACACACAACACACUCAGUCACAUAGUUAAUUGAAUUGGUGUUCAGGUGUGUUAUGUGACAGGGAGGGUAGGUAGGUAGUUACUCAGCAGAGUAUUGCUGGUGUAACACCACCUACACUCAGCAGCUCCUUUGCCAGCUACAUCCUGGGGGAGUUGCUAGGGUUGGGAGGUUUUCAAGGCUUCAUUCUAAAGAAGCCUCUCACUCUCCUGAGCCCUACCGUGUUCCAAGCUAUGACACUCUUCCCUACAGCUCCCCCCUUAUUCUAGUGCUUGGUCACAAAUACCCCCUUUAAUUACCCUGUUGGUCCGGUGGUAUCAUAUAUCCGUUCCCUGGCAGUCCGGUGGUGAAUAGCAGGAAGAGCACGUCCUGUUGUUUCAGAUCAUAAUACUCACUCCUUCAAGGCUCGGCUUUCAAUGUUGUCAGAGCGCAGGCUGAGAAUCUCUGAGCCUGUUCUCUGACUCACUAACUGAGCGCCGGAACCACGAGGGAGAGGGUAUGAUCUGACCGCACCUACUACUCAUGCGCACCAAUGAACCACCAGGGAAUCGUUUAAAUUUAAUAUGCUGGUGUUCCCAACAUGCAAGCUGUGUUGGGUGCCCUGGGUAACCGCACAGCUUGCAUACCCUAAAGGCUGGUCCUGCUGACAGAUACACUGGCACUCACUCUCAAUGACACAAACACAUAAACCCUGACAGACACAUACAAACAAACCCUGACAGACACACUCACUGGCAGACACACAAACACUGACAUACACUCACACACACUUACUGACAGACACACACUGACAGGCACACUGACAGACAGACACACACACUGACAGACACACACAUUCACUGACAAACACACACACUCACUGAAAGACACACUUACUGACAGACACACUCGCUGACACACACACACACAAACAAACACUGACAGACACAUACACACACACACUUACUAACAUACACACACACUGACAGACACACUCACUGACAGAUACAUUUACUGACAAAAAACAACACACUUACUGACAGACAUACACACACACUCACUGACAGACAUACACACACUCACUGACAGACACACACUUACUGACAGACAUACACACACACACUCUCACUGACAGACACACAUACUGACAGACACACACAUUCACUGACAGACACACACUUACUGACAGACACACUCGCUGAAACACACACACACACACAAACAAACACUGACAGACACAUACACACACAUUUACUGACAGACACACACACUGACAGACACACUCACUGACAGAUACAUUUACUGACAAAAACAACACACUUACUGACAGACAUACACACACUCACUGACAGACAUACACACACACUCACUGCCAGACACACACUUACUGACAGACAUACACACACUCUCACUGACAGACACACACUUACUCACAGACACACACACAUGCACUCACACACACUUACUGAUAGACACAUACACACUUACACAGUCUUGCACAAACACUCACAAAUGAAUUGUGUUUUUUGUUGACCCUACCUUUAGGAGUCUUCUUGGUCCUCCCCCCGGGGUUCAGUGACUUUCAUGAUCUUCCUGCUCCUCUCUCCUCCCUUGCACUGUUUAGUGAUGCCAGGCCAGAAUUACAUCAUAUGUCGGCUCCCGGCAUCAACACAGAGGGCGCGUGAGGGAGUAGGAAGAUCAUCAGCACAGGCAGUGAUCCCUCGCCGCUGCCUCCCUCCUUCCUCAGCCAGCCGGUAUACUGUUGCAGAGUAGGCACCUGUCCUCUGGGAUAACAGGUGCCUACCCUGCCUUGCUACAUAACGGCCAUUCCAGGGGGUGCCCUUAGGUGGCCAACUGGCCACCUGCUGGGCUCCCUGUGACAGGCAUCGGCCUGCUCCAUGCGGCACCCCCCACUUCCUGGUGCAUGAUCGCAAUGCAUCCCGUGAACCCACCCAGGAUUGGCCCUGUGUCAGUAUGUAUGUCUGUGUGUAUGUCAAUAUGUCUGUGUAUCUAUGUGUGUAUCACUAUGUCUGCCUGUGUAACUGUGUGUGUGUCAGUAUGUCUGUGUGUGUGUGUGUCAGUAUGUCUGUCAGUCUAUGUACCUGUGUGUGUGUGUCAGUAUGUCUUUCUGUGUUUGUGUGUGUCAGUAUUUCUGUCAGUGUAUGUGAAUGUAUGUGUGUGUCAGUGUGUCUCUCAGUGUGUGUGUGUGUCAGUAUGUAGGGGUGUGUGACGGUCUUAAUAUGUAUCACUGUAAAGCAUUCCCUUAUUCCCAUAAAACAAUAUCGCCAAUAAUCCAUAGGGUAAAAUAUCGCUGGUAUCGCAUAAUAAUCCACACAGGAGCCAAAGCUUAAUGCUGGAACAAGACUGGUUUAAUGGAAGCAAGGGCAUUCAAUUUAUACAGCAUCAAACUCCUCCUCUGAGCCAGCGAGAUAAUUGAGUUUUGGAAACAUACUAAACUCAAUUAUCUGCUGGCCAGAAAAAGUUAACAAUUUCACAUUUUACAGAAAUAUACUGUAUACAUAUAAAAACCACACAAAAACGGCACCGCGUGGAAGUUUGACUGGCUCGCCAUGAGGUUGUAUCCGACCAAGAGUUCCAUAGAAUUGGUAGAAAGAGCUGGUCUCCGUUCGGAUGGAUUUAUACGAAAACCACCAUAGAUGGAAUAAAGAUGAUUUGUGCAGAAUGCUCCCCUUGUUCGUCUGCCCAAAACAGGUCCAGGCACUCGACGACCAGGCCCCGCUGGCCGCGUUCGGGAGACAAGAUGGCUGCCAUCCAUUGUUCUCAACAUGUGCGUUCAUAUGCACAAAAUGGCGGCCACCUAGGAGCAUUCAAUUACUCUGCGGUUUUCGUACAGUUACAUAGUGUUCCAUGUUCUAACUGGUACCCAGGGUGGUCUCUGUUCGGUAAAAUGAAUAUUCUACCAAAUGACAAAAAAGAAACAAAAUAAUCCAAGUGAACAGAAUGGCAGGGAGUGGAAACAACCGCACGGGUGCUGGAAAAUCCUUCAUAGGGUGUGUUUAUAUAUAAUUUCUAUUCAAAAUAUACUGUGUGGAGAGACACUUAUUAUAACCACUACUUCAGUGCUACUCCAAAGCAGUACUCCCUCAAAUACCAAUAUAAUAAUAACUCAAAAAACAAGGAAUGCACACCAACUGAUACAAUAGUAUCUAUCUAUACAUAUAUAUUUAUUGCAAUACAAGUGUAAAAAAUACAUACAAUAUACAAUAGUGACCACAUAGGUUAAACAACUAAACAGGUAUAUUUACCAAAUUCCACAAGCCUAUCUGGGCAGAAACACGAGUCAAAAACAAUCCCCCAACAUUUCAGCACCUUGUGGUAGCCUUUAUCAAGGGUAUAUCAUAACAUUAUCCAGGACCCUCUUAUAUACCCACAUAUACAAAUAACUUACAGCUGAUGGCCAUCAGCAAUACCACAGAGGGCCGGGACCGGAAGUGACAUCAUCACUUCAAGUCACAGCCCUGUGUACACAAUUUUAACAUGUAUACCAUAUAUUUACAGUGCUAAUCAUAAAUGCAUUCUCCCAUAUUUAUACAGACUUACUUUUACCAUGUAGUAUAUACAUCACUAGAUGUCCUUAUUAACAUAAAUGCCGCGUGUUGUAAAUACCAACGAUCGCCAUAUUGCCUAUUGGCAAAUGCUAUAACCUCUCCCCAAACUAAUAAUUAUUACAUUCCACUGUUAACCCAGUAAAAAAAACAGGCUAAAAACAACUCGUACGCAAAAACGAGGUAAUAAUCACCUUCCCGCGGACGGCUAAUUAUCUUCCAUAGCUCCUCCCCUACGGAGGAUUUAGAUCGCUUAGUGUUAUCCACUUGCAUACUUAAUAUGGCUGGAUGGACAACAUAUAUUGGAUCAUGAAUGGAGUGCAAGUCAUUAUUGGUGGCAUUGGGUCGUUCCAAGUAUAUUCAAUGACGUGGAUGGAGUUGCCCGUGAUUUGGGCUUGCCUACUGGACUUGUGACUGGACGGCGCUAAUUCGAUUUAAUGAAUUUUUUUAUAUACUAAGAUUGGUAGUGACCUGUAUUUGUUGGUUAAUGAAUAUUUUUUGUCAUUUAAGGGGGAGUGUUGUAUAUUCAUUGUAAGUGAUGUUAGAAGCUGUAUAAUUGAUUAGACUAGUAGUUAGUCAUGUAAGUGCAGAGAUUAUUAUUGGAUAUAGGGGGUUUGAGUAUAUAUAUAUUUGUCUGCUUUUGGAUGAUAUAUGAAUUCUACUUUAUUGUAUUCAUCCUUGAGAGCAUCUUGAUUGCCCAAUAAGUUCUUGGAUACAUGAACGAAUGAAAUAAACACCUGUUUAGUAUAGUGUUUUACACUUUCUGGUGUGUUGUUUUUAUGGUGGUGGUUUCUUUCACUAUUCAUUAUUAAUAUUGUCUUGCUAUACUAUAGGACCUCUUGUGUACUCAUAUUUGCUUACAUUAUGGGUGCCAUGUAUAUUUUGGUGUGUAUCUCUUUAAGAGUGGGGUUGUGUUCUGUUCUCCUUGUGAGACUUACAGCUUGGAUAUUGGGCGCAUGCGCGAGCGGCGUGGCUUUUUUGCCGCGAUUUUUCGUUAUGUUUGGAUUAUAGAGGCUUCCGUAGGGGAGUAAUUUACAUAUAUCCUAGUGCUAUGCGCAUGCGCGGGCGGCGCAGACUUUUUUAGCCACGAUCUUCUAUUGUUGCAUCAUAGAGGCUUCCGUAGGGGAGGAGCUAUGGAAGAUAAUUAGCCGUCCGCAGGAAGGUGAUUAUUACCUCGUUUUUGCAUACGAGUUGUUUUUAGCCUGUUUUUUUUACUGGGUUAAGAGUGGAAUGUAAUAAUUAUUAGUUUGGGGAGAGGUUAUAGCAUUUGCCAAUAGGCAAUAUGGCGAUCGUUGGUAUUUACAAGUGCGCAUGCACGCGGAAUUUAUGUUAAUAAGGACAUCUAGUGAUGUAUAUACUACAUGGUAAAAGUAAGUCUGUAUAAAUAUGGGAGAAUGUAUUUAUGAUUAGCACUGUAAAUAUAUGGUAUACAUGUUGAAAUUGUGUACACAGGGCUGUGACUUGAAGUGAUGAUGUCACUUCCGGUCCCGGCCCUCUGUGGUAUUGCUGAUGGCCAUUAUUAUUAUAUGGGGGUAUAUAAGGGGGUCCUGGAUAAUGUUAUGAUAUACCCUUGAUAAAGGCUACCACGAGGUGCCGAAACGUUGGGGGAUUGUUUUUGACUCGUGUUUCUGCCCAGAUAGGCUUGUGGAAUUUGGUAAAUAUACCUGUUUAGUUGUUUAGCCUAUGUGGUCCCUAUUGUAUAUUGUAUGUAUUUUUUACACUUGUAUUGCAAUAAAUAUAUAUAUAGAUGUAUAGAUAGAUACUAUUGUAUCAGUUGGUGUGCAUUCCUUGUUUUUUGAGUUAUUAUAUAUAAUUUGUAUGAAAUGUUUGUAUUAUUAUACAAAGUUCCCAGGAACUGGGACUGUUUCAGGGGCUCAAAUGUAAUUGGGCAAAUUAACACAAUCAUAAAUAAAAUUUUAUUUUUUUAAUAUUUUGUGGAGAAACCUUUGCAGGCAAUGGCUGCUUGAAGUCUAGAAUGAAUGGACAUCACCAAACACUGUGUUUCCUCCUUUGUGAUGCUUUGCUAGGACUUUACUGCAGCUGUCUUCAGUUGUUGUUUGUUUGUGGGUUUUUCUGCCUUAAGUUUUGUCUACAGCUAGUGAUAUGCAUGCUCGAUCCAGUUGAGAUCAAGUGAGUGACUAGGCUAUUGCAGACUAUUAAACUUAUUUGCCUUAAAAAAAUCCUGGGUUGCUUUCGCAGUAUGUUUUAGGUCAUUGUCCAUCUGUAAAGUGAUGCGCCGUUCAAUGAACUUCGCUGAAUUUGGCUGAAUCUGAGCAGACAAUAUAUCCCUAAACACUUUAGAAUUCAUCUGGCUGCUUUUGUCUUUUGUCACACUAAAAACACUAAUGUGACCCAGUGCCAUUGCAAGCCACGAAUGUCCAUGCCGUCAGACUGCCUCCACCAUCUUUUACUGAUAAUGUGGCAUGUGUUAUGAUCAUGACUCGUUCCAAGCCUUCUCCAUACUUUUUUCUUCCCAUCAUUCUGAUACAGGUGGAUCUUAGUUUCAUCUAUCCAAAGAAUGUUGUUCCAGAACUGGGCCUGCAUUUUUAGAUGUUUUUGUCAAAGUCUAAUCUGUCUUUUCUAAUCUUGAGGCAUAUGAAUAGUUUGCACUUUGUGAGGAACCCUUUGUAUUUGCUUUGUUCUCCUACCUGUUGGAGAGUUUUUUCUUCACUUGGUGUGUGUGUCAGUACAGGCCCGAUCCUAGGAUCACAGACGCCUGGGUGCAGAAGAAUUUUUUCUCUCCGUGAGGUGGGCGUGGUCAUCUUAGCUAACAGUAACCUAAGUAGUCGGAAACCCGGUAUAACCUUUUCUAGCACACUCAGGUGCAAAUCCUUGCAGUAUAUCGUACUUCGACUAUGCAUGUACAUUUAUGCAUGCAUAAGAAUCACCACACGUUCCCUUAAGUUUCUGUUCAUACUCUACCCUUCCCUGUACUUAGGAGAAUUCAUUGGAUCCUUGCUCCACUCAAGUUAACAGGUAUACUCAGUUCCAUAUUCACCUCCACUCAGUACCUAAUGUACUUGUUCAUAGAGGUUAACCAUUAUUUUAUCCUCAGAUAGCCACUACGCUGCUACAAAAAACUAUCAUCAUUCGACAGGUGAGUUUUACUCACAAAUACAAUACCAAACAGACCAGGCCCAACUACGCUUUAAUCUCCCACAUGUCCUUUUUUCAGGUUCUCAAGUAGUCAUCCUUGUCAUAAAAUAAUCUUAUCUCUAUCUUAAGCUUGGUAGGUCUCCAUCUUACAUCAUACUCCUUUUCCGUUAUAGGCCAGGGUAAUCAACUGGCUAUUUAGUUACUUACAUUGUCCCUAGCUUACUGUAAUUAAUCUAUUCCCGUAAGACCAACACCUAUCCUCUCUGGAGGUAUACUCCCCUCGGCCCACCGCAUAGUUAGAGCCUCACAUUAGCCGCUGUCGGUUACUAGUCAGGGCACCACCAAGUCAUGCCCACAUAUAUUAUGUCUUGUUACAAGUCACAGAGAGGCCAACGUUCCUGCCACAUCAUUCAGUGGCCAGCCACCCACUUAGCCCUUCUCACAGAUAGAGCCUCUCUCGUCUCUUGGCACUAACAGAGCCUCAUCUUCCUUGUAGUCCAGAUAUUUUUUUUGACUCAGGCUUAGCUAGAGCCAGUUGACACAGGCAAUUGCUUGUAACUAAAGGCCUCAUCUCUACCCAUGUUUAUGUUCUAAGUAUGUCUAAAGACCCGGGGCAAGACAAGGUACUUACUAUACCCAAGAUUCCAGCCAGGCCUUCCACCAUGGCCGGUCCAUACACCCCUACCAAGAAUCUGCAAUCAUCCAGCCCGUAUUCCCUAAAUUUCUGGACAAUCUCUAGACUCACAGCUUAGUUUCAACAAAUGGGGGUCCUAUUCCAAGCCACAGCACGCAAAGGUGAAUUGCAUAGACUAUACACCACUUAUACUUCUGUACUUCUCAGCCAGGAGUUGUUCUAGAAUCAGAAACUAUUCUGUAAUCAAGGAUUCAUGUCAUCCAUGCUUGCUUCAAUUAACACUAUCAGUACUAGACUGAAAAAAUUUGGAAUCUCCUCAGCCGUCGACAGCCGACCCAUCCAUAGAAAUUCCUACCCCAGCUCCCUCCCACGUUAAUGACCCCACUUUUAACCCAACACCUAGCACUUCCGAUCACAUCAUCACACCCUCCCACCUUGUGCCCCCAACCAUAUGCAAAGACAUCCUGGAAGGCAAGGAUGUGAACCUAAUUCCCUAGCUCAUUGCCUCUCAGAAUGUAGUAGAGUAUAAAGCAUACUGCUAUGGUGAUCUUUCUGUCAUUUUGAAAGCCAGAGACCCCAGACUCAACAACAAACUCAACAUACCAGAAUUUGUCCUGACUUUUGGUCUGUACCAUGACCUAAUUUGCUCCACUUUACCUCACCAUAGGGAAGAGCUUAUUUAUAACGCUUGUAGGAUAUGUAGGUAGGUAUUGAUCUUUUUAAAAUUAGUUUAUUGUUGAACUUUCCUGUGACUACACUUAUGGGAUUGGUACACCAGCAGGAAAAAGGUGUUUUUUUUUCUACAUACAUAUUUAAAGACCAAUCCCUCCCUACGUAUCCUACAAGCAGGGAUUGUACCGCUGUAUGCCAUCCACACUAGAGCUAGUUUAGCUCUACUACACGUGAGUAGGAUUACUACAGAUCUCUUCUUCCUGCAAUUCAACACUUUGUAUCAGACGCAUUUGCACUAUUAUCUUUUUCUCUCUUUACAUACGGACCCUGAAAGCCGUCUUCACUUGACCCAUAGAGAGAAUAUUCCUCCACAAAAGCCAUCGGUGCCCCAUCAGGCCCAACUUGACACUUUGCUUUGGCACUACUUAUUCUCUGGACUUUGUUUAUUUUAGUCAUACCUUUUUCUAUUUUGUCUUGUGUAUUACCUUUGUCUAGAGGGCUUAGAGGGAACCCUAUGUUUAGGUUGGCGCCUCCUACAUUACCUAGCUUAGUAUUGGCUUAUUUUAGUGCUGUUUCCUUCUUCUGUUUAUUCCUAAGAGCUAAUUUAUACAUGCAUAAGUUGGUGGACCCAGGGCACUAGUGCAUGUACAAGUAUUUCCUUUGGUUCUUCUGCUGCAAAACAGAGAUCUACAGACAAAUUUGGUAGACCAAUAGUGUACCUGGGGAAGCUCAAAUCUGCAACAAUUUUAAUUCGGGCAGUUGCGUAAUUAGCUCGUGCAGAUUGUUGCACGUUUGCUCAAUUUGUUACAGGGCACAUACAAACUAUGUGUCUUAAAUCAUCUGUACCUGAAACAAUGACUAACCAAAGUUUACAUUGACUAUCUGGCAUAUUACUUCCAGGCUCACCCUUUCCAUCACUGAACUGAAGUUAUUCCCCCCCAUCUCUGAACAUCCCCAGUCAUAUGGACCAAUGCUGCAGCCCAUACAGGGUUUGCAGUUAACUUGGCGACUCCUGGUUCAGAGAUUCUUUGCCAGUUGAGACCCGUGACCUACAUAAGCUCUAUUUGAAAUCUACCCUACUGUGGCAGCAUCCAAAGCCUGAGGGUACCUGUGGUAAGGAAAAGCAAAAUGUUUUUCCGACAACAAAGCGGCUAGUGACAUCAUAAAUAAGGGCAUAUUCUCAUCACACAAUAUCACAAGACUAAUUAGAAGAUUGACAUAGCUAGCGGCUACACUACAAUUUAAUUUUACAUGAAUACACAUCCCUGGCUGCAUUAACAGAGCCAUUGAUGUGUUGUCUAGUUCUAAUUUGCAGGAUUUCAUCAGAACACACCCUACAUCCAACAUCAGUCCGGCCAGCACCCCCUCAUACCAAGACUUAAUCCUGGACUAAAUCGCCUCAUGGCUCACAGCAAAUACCUGGCCAGCUCUCCUCUCUCUACCAAUACAUCAAAGGCUUACAAUAGGGUUUUUCACUCUCUAUACCAAUCUCUAUCAGAUCAGCGACACACAUUCCCUAGACUCCAUAGUGGCAUUUAUCUCUUUUUGCCACCUUAACCUAUAAUUAUCACAAUACACCAUAAAACUCUUCCUCACAGGAAUACAUCAUCACAUCCUAAGUGCCUAACCUAGCACAAAUCCUUUCAUGUCUACCUAUCCCGUCAAGAAUAUACUGAAAGGCAUACAAAGUUUGGGCAAAAACACUACCACUGCACUACUAGACAACCUAUUGAUAGGCCUAAAUUUCACACACUUUAAGACAUUCUAGAAACGAAUCUGUUUGAAACCAGCACACAUCUGAUAAUUAAAAUUGCAGCCUAUCUAGCCUUAUAUUGCUUCUUACUUCCCAAUGAACAUCACACCCAACCAUUUACACCUAAAAAAUUAAGAGCCUACAAACAAUACUGAUCAUUAUGUACUUACCAUUGAUCACACCAAGACAACCCAAUUAAGCCCUCCUACUGAAGUAGGCUACUACCCCAACGGUAAUCACUGGUUAAAUUACUGGGCUCCUAUUGUUCAACACUAGACGGUCUAAACCCAAGUACGCCAUUACUCUGUUACAUGGUAAACCUCUGACAACCAUUAAAUUCAUUUUAUAUAUUAGAACACUUUUAUAAGACUUGGUCUUGACCCUUCUGCUUUUCUGGCCACUCCUUCAGAAUUGGAGGCGCUACCACGGCUUCAAGCCACAAUGUACCUGCUCAUAUAAUUAAGAGCUUAGGGCGCUGGAAGUCAGCAGCAUAUACCAGAUAUAUAUCACAUCCAGAACAGGAAUUAAGAUUAGCAUUUGAAGAUUUAGCUUUGUAAAUAUGUGAGUAAUAAAGGUUAUUUAUAUAAAUCAACUUUUUGCCCUCUUUUAUAACAGGCCUACCCCAUACGUUGGUUCCGGCACACCACAACCGACUGGUGCUUACUUCUACUUAUAUUGUAUUAUUAUUAUUACGGCUUAAUGUCCCCAAGACUACAAACAUUAUAUAUAUAUAUAUAUAUAUAUAUAUAUAUAUAUAUAUAUAUAUAUAUAUAUAUAUAUAUAUAUAUAUAUAUAUAUAUAUAUAUAUAUAUAUAUAUAUAUAUAUAUAUAUAUAUGUAUGUAUAUGUAUAUAUAUGUAUAUAUAUAUAUAUAUGUAUGUGUGUGUGUGUACUAUUAAAGGAAAUCAAAUAGAUUUGAGUAAAAACAAAAUGAUUGGACAGAUUUUAGUGCAGAUGAAAUGCUAUUAUCCUAAAAAUCUAGUGAUUCUUUUGUUCUCAAAUGUUUGGCAGAACCAGUGAGCCCCUGUACAACAGGUUUUUUUAUAUGGCUUGUUUUACUAGAAAGCCAUGAGUGGUUAAUACGAAUAUAAAUGUUGAAAUUUGAACUGAUUGAUGUUUAAAGUGUUUAAGAUUUAACCUUGAACUGUGAACAAUUCUCUUAAGAAUGAACAUUUAUCCUGUCACAUAAAUUGCUAAACCUUAAGUGAAAUAUUACUGGGAAAGCUGAAUAACAGUUGUCAAUAUUGUUACAAUGCACAAUUUCUUAGGCUGUGUUAUACUAUGUACUUCAAACUAAUUAGUCCUGUCUUGCUUUCUCUAGAAAACCAUGCACAGAUUUAAUAAGGACUGGAAACUUUCUGGGAUUCAAAGAAUAUAUUACAACACAUUAGUCAAACAACUUGGAGGAUUUGGCUCAGAGGUUGGGAAAUUUACUUGGCCAACCAGUGUAUCAAAUACCUCGGAAGGCGAUCUUGCCGUUAGGGACUCUGGCAACCAACAAAUACAAGUUUUUUCUGAAGAGGGUCAUUAUAAACAUACAUUUGCAUACGGCUCAGAAAGCACCAAAUGUCUUGGAGAUGUGGCAUGUACUAGUGAAGGACUUAUUCUGGUCACUGAUGGGUCUAAAGGUAUUAAAGUGUUCUCUAGGGAAGGUGAACUAAUCCACAUUCUUAAGUCAUCAAAGGCAGAUUGGAAACACUCCUAUGGACUAGCUGUGUUAAAAUCCAAUAAUAUUGCAGUAACUGACUGGACAGAUGGAGGUAAAAUACACAUCAUUGCGGUGGACUGGAGGAUGAAUGCUGUUUUGAAGACCAAUGUUAUCGAUGGACUUCAACGACCUGAGUAUAUUGCAGUUACUGAGGUAUUGCACUUAAAGAUUACCUUUUAUUGCACCCACUAGGCUAUGAGAGUUUAUCUCGGCCAAAACAGAAUAUUUCUUGACAAUGGUGAAACUACCAUGGUCGCAGGGGUCGCAGCUGCGCCCCGGCCCGUCACUCCAGGGGGCCCAGCUGCCCUGUCGACCCCUGUAUGUUCUGUCUAGUGGCGCUUACUGCCUGCUGCCACUUUGGCAACUAACCAUGCCUUCUUCAUAGACUUGCCCAAUGUGUGCAGAACGUCUGCCAAACGAGUGACAAUGCCUCUUAAUGAGUGAGUUUUUUAAGGGGUGGAGAUUAUUGCAUUCUGCCCUCGCCACCCAUUCCUAGCUUGCAAGUUCUAUUCUCCCUCUUCAUUCAGUUGGAGACUUCAUUCUAUCCAGGCAUCUGUCCUCUCAGGCUGCAUUCUAUCUCCGCCUUAUUUCCUCUCAAACUGCGUUCUAUCUCUGCCCCCUGCCCUCUCAGGCUAUUAUAUCUCUACCCCCUGCCCUCUCAGGCUGUUAUAUCUCUGCUCCCUGCCCUCUCAGGCUGUUAUAUCUCUGCUCCCUGCCCUCUCAGGCUGUUAUAUCUCUGCUCCCUGCCCUCUCAGGCUGUUAUAUCUCUGCCCCCUGUCCUCUCAGGCUGUUUUAAAUCUCUGCCCCCUGUCCUCUCAGGCUGUUUUAAAUCUCUGCCCCCUGUCCUCUCAGGCUGUGUUCUAUUCCCAUCCCCUAUCCUCGCAGGAGGGGUGCGGUACCUGAGGGCCAUGGGUUUAGCAGGCAAUGAUUGGUGGAGAGCAGCUGCUAAAUGAGUGCAAUCCAGGCUGGCGGCUGGGUGUUAUUGUUAAACCAUUAUACCUGGGUCUGCCACUAAUGUACAUACUGGGGGAUCUCUAGGUACUUAAUUCUGGGUAGGUUUUAAAAAAAAAAAAUACUUUUUAAAUGUCUGUGUAAGGGAAUGUGUAUGUCUGUGUCAAUGAGUGAGUGUGUGUGUCAGUAUGUAUGUGUAUUUCAGUACGUAUGUGUCUGUUAGCAUGCAUGUGUGUGUCAAAUCAGUGAGUGUGUGUCUCAGUGUGUGUUUGUCAGUGUGUGUCUGUCAGUGAAUGUGUGUGUCUGUCAGAGUGUGUCAAUUUAGAGAGUUUGUGUGUUUGUCAGUGAGUGUAUGUCAGUGUGUGUCAAAUCAGUGAGUGUGUGUGUCAGUGAAUGUGUGUGUGUUUCUGUCACUGAAAAUGUGUGUUGGUUAAACAGUGUGUGUGCCAAUAACUGUGUGUCUGCCAGUGUGUGUGGUUGUAUCAGUAAGAACGUAAAGGGGGCCAGUGGCGGCUCUAGACUUUGUGAGGCCUUAGGCGAAACUCAAACAUGAGGCCCUACUAACACCUAAAGUUAAAAAUAGGGGUUGCAUUGCGUGUAUAAGUUGCUGUCAUUGUAUUUAAGGACAACUGCAGCGCUGGAUACAGAGAGCUAGUCUCUGUAUUCAUCGUUCAGUGGCUUGCAGUGUUGCGGCUCCCUGUGCCACGGCAUUAUGAUCUCUCUGACUGUAGUUAUGGCGUAAUAUGAGGGUGGCUGGGGCAGAGGGUGGUAGGAGGACAGUGACAGGUAGUGGGGUGGUAGGGGGGCAGAGGGUGGCUGGGGCAGAGGAUGGUAGGGUGGCUGGGGCAGGGGUUGGUAGGAGGGCAGAGGGUGGCUGAUGCAGAGGGUGGUAGGAGGACAGUGACAGGAUAGUGGGGUGGUAGGAGGGCAGAGGGAAGAGGGUGGCUGGGUGACUGGGGCAGGGACAGGGGUGGUAGGAAGGCAGAGGGUGGUUGGGGCAGAAGGAGGGCAGAGGGUGGCUGGGGCAGGGGGUGGUAGGGCAGAGGGUGACUGGGGCAGGGGGUGGUAGGAGGGCAGAGGGUGGUAGGGCAGUAGGAGGACAGAGUGGCUGGGGCAGAGGGUGGUAGGGCAGUAGGAGGGCAGAGGGUGACUGGGGCAGGGGUACCUCUUCUUCACUCCUGUGUAGCAGCGCUGGUAGGAAGUAAUAUCUCUUGUGCACUUGUGAAAGUUGUACAGGAAGGGAAAAUAAGAGCCAAGACAAGGAAGCCACCCUCCAGCUACAAAAAUGGUAACUUGAAUGUUAACGAUAUAAAAACAAAUAUAAAUGUGUUAAUACUGUAUAUGUGUAGUACUGUAUGUGUUGAGCAGGGAGUGUGUAUACAAAUGUAUAUGUAUUUAGUUGGUAGUGUGUUUAGCACUGUGUGUAGCCGGUUAUGUGUGUGUACCAACACUGUAUCUGUACCUGUGUAUUACAUCUUGUGUAUGUGUUUCUCUAUCUAGAGACAUGUGUUGGAGUAUCUCUAUCUGGUAGCCUGUGUGUGUCUGGAAGUGUGUGCCAAUUGGACUAGUCAGUGAGUUUGUGAGAUGCCCCAAUAAUUUUGAUGACGGCCCGCUUACAAUCUAGAUGAUGUUGAUUUUAUAAUAAAUCCCAGGUGGACCCACGUACAUGAAUUCACAGACAAACACUAAGAUACGGAGCCAACAAACAACGUCUCCUUAAAGUUUUGUAUGAAGAUAUUCUACAUGUAUGCAAUAUACUUUUAUAACCUGUGUAUAAUGCUUGGCUACAUGUGUUCACAAAACAUACAUGCAGUUUUUUUAAAAAUAGAACUGAUGCAAUACAAAAGUUAAUGGAAGAUGGAAGAAAAUAUUUGUUCAAUUUCCAAGUAAAUCAUUACCAUACAGUUAUUUCUUAACUGACCACGGAGCGUUUUUUUAUCUAGGAGAAGUAUAAUUUCAAGGAGCUUUUUGGGUUCUUGUUGCAAAUGAAAUUCACAUUAGAGCAAGAUUUGGGAAAUUUGCCAGAGAAGACUGUCCUAUUGUAUGGAUAUAAAACAUAUGUGGUUUGGAAGGGUAAUGUACAAGAAGACACAGGGUAUAGUUAUACAUAUAACUAAACAUACUAGAAUAUGACAUGUCAGCUUGAACAUGGCACAACAGAUCUGCCUAUGCAAAGUAAGAUUUAUACUAGAAAUCACUGAGCAAACAUUAUAACUAUUUGGAGAACUUCACUUCUAAAGGGGAAACCGGUGAUACGCACCAUUUACAGUUGUGUGUGAGUAGGUAGGCAGAAGGCAUGCUGGGCAGAUAGAAACCUGUUAUGUGUAUCUAACUAGAAUGCACAGGUAUCUAGUGAGCAGCACGUUUUAUGAAUUAAAGGACCACUAUAGGCAUCCAGAUCACUUCAGCUCAAUGAGGUGGUCUGGGUGCCAGGUCCAUCUAGUGUUAACCCUGCAGCUGUAAACAUAGCAGUUUCAGAGAAUCCAACCUCUAGUGGCUGUUUCCCUGACAGCCACUAGAGGCGCUUCCGCGAUUCUCACUGUCAAAAAAUCACAGUGAAAAGAUGCUGGACGUCCAUAGGAAAGCAUUGAGUAAUACUUUCCUAUGGACUGUUUGAAUGUGAUGCACUUUAAAUAAGUAACUAAAUUCUAAUAUACCAAAGAAAUUGUUGGUGUCUUGCUAAUAACAAUUUAUGCAACUAAAAUAAUGUAAUAUAAAAUAAUGUGAUAUAAAAUAAUGCAAUUUAGUAUAAGAACAAUGUAUCUUUACACCAACUGAUUUCUAAACACGUUUAUUGCAGUGAAUGAUUAUUGCUGUGGAGAUCUGUUAUGCACUCGGACACCAUAACAAUAUGGAGCUCCUAGAAAAGAGGGACAUUAAGAUAGAUAAGAGGAACAAAGGCAUUUGGGAUGAAAAUAGGGACUGUCCCUCCUCAAUAGGGACAGUUAGGAGGUAUGAUGCACUCACACCUCUUUUUAAUUCAAAGAUUUUUAUUACAGAUUCUCUCCAAUUUAUUUUUAGAUCUCUGUCUCUCAAAAAUCACAUUACAUGACAAGUAUGUAUCAAGUCCCGUAGGUGUUAGCUUCAUCACUUUACAUGUUCUAUUAGGUUGUUUUACUUGAAGGGUUAUUCAUGGAAGUGAGAAUUGCCAGGAAUGUAAAGUGGAUUCACAGUGAAUUCAAAGUGAUUUUCAAACUUAAGGUCAACAAUGCUAAACUGCAAGCACAGUGGACUUGGAGGCCUUUAGCAAGCUUGGUUUUUAUAAUAGCAGUAUAGUUUGCUCUACGAUCAAAGAACAAUGCAAGUAGAAGUCAUUCUCGUUUUAACAUGUUUCGUCUAUAAUCUUCUUGUGUGGUUGUUCAUUUGUGCUUGUUGGCACACACAUUUGCUUAUUCUGCAGAGUGUGCCUGGGUUGGGCUCCAUAGCUCUGUAAAUGCGGGAAUGGUGCCCUGUUCUUGAAGUGGCUGCCAAAUUUAUAUUUGCACAAACAGAAGCAAAUAUCAGAAUUUAUUUUCCAUAAUCAGAAUAUAGAGAAGUCUAAAAAAAAAAUUAAUAAUAUAUAUAUUUAUAUACUAAACAGCACUCCCCAUGAGUAAAAGGCACAAAAGGUAAUAAUCCAUCUAAAAAUGGAAAACUAAACAAAAAGUUAAAACAAAACACAAACAGGGUUAGAUCUGUCCUAAUCUAGUAACUAAUCUCAAGGUCAAACACUUGUAAUGUGGUCCUCGUUUAAUAACAUGGCGCUAGAACACCACAGGAAGAAAAUCUCAUGAGCGGUUCAGUGAUGAAGGCAUGUUUACGAUUCUGCAUAUAAUCAAAGGAUUCUAUCACAGAUCCUUUAAUUAUAAUUCCCCAAUAUUGGUAUGCAAAAAAACAGCAUGUGCCCUUGAUGAAACAGUGAUUCUAGUUGUUUAUGCUGCAGUGUAGGCAAAUCUAUCCAUAAGGACAAAAAAUAUUUAACCGAGGGUGCUGGGUUAGAGCACAGUAAAUAAUAUAAUACAACAUAUAUAUGCAAAAGUGCACUCUCCAUGGGUACAAAGUAAGGUACAAGGUGCUAGAUCCUAGUUAUCCUUUUAAAUAGUUUCCUCCUAGUUCUCUUUAGGGUUUCUCUAUUCAAUACACAAUGAUACUAUAUUGGUCUUAAAUGCACCCUGUGUUUGAUAUACUAUGGUAAAAUGUUCCUAUAUUACAGGAUUAAUGGCAAUUAUCGGCGAGAUUAAUUCUGUCCCUCCACGCUUUAUAGCAGGCCAUGGAAGGACCGCCAUGAACUCCAGCAGGCCUUGGAAGGACCGUCUGAUCCACACGUGUAGCCACUGUCAGAGUUUCUGCAUUCCACGUGGUGCUGUGUCGGUCUCCAGCCAUUUACGAUGAUCGGCUUCUUAGAUUAAAUGCAGCAUCAUAAAGUUUCUUUAGCACUGAACCACUUUGGCACUCUGGUGCCAUAUUCUUAAAUGAGGACCGCAUAACAUUUGUUUGAGCCUUGGGAUUGCUUGGCUCUCCACACACAACAGCACGUACCUAUAGGCCUGGACAGUUUAUUACUAGAUUAGGUGAGAUCUAACCCAGUUAUUGCUUUUUUAACUUUUUGUUUUCUUACCAUUAUUAUCCUUAUUUUUGGUCGUGCAUGAGAAUACAACAACAGCAAUUGCGAGAGUAUUUGAAACACAAUGAAACAGAUAGCAUGACAUGAAAAAAAAAAAUGUUAGAGAGAACACUACGUUUUUAUUUCGAGGAACCAGCACAAUAUUUUAUAUUAAGGAUGUAGUAGGUAAACUGCGCUUUCUCAAUUAAAUGAGUAGGGAAAGUAGUCAGCGGAGAGACAAAGCGGCAUAGUAUAAGAAUCUGGCUAUACUGACUAUACAAAGGGUGUGAACGAGAAGAUACGUUUGAGUACAUGCUGAUCUGAGUAGUAAGAUGUUUAAGAGUAGCACUUGUCUGACUAGGCAGAUAAUGUUAUCAGGAAUAAUGUUGACUGGACAUGUGCAGAUUAUGCACUUAAAUUAAAAACCACUGGACUAAGCUUCAGUUUUAAGUGGCUGUACCCAGCUAUGUGUAAUAGCUAACAAAUGGAUAACAGACUAACUAAUUAAACUUUCCAGGCACUUCAAACAUGACAUCAGUAUGCUAGACUUAUUCUCUGGUUCCCCUGGAUAGUUAUGAGGGUAGUAACAGUGUGUUGGGUGCCCUAUCGGAUUCAAAGGGAGGCCGUUAGGCGUAGGCUUAAGUGAUUGCAUCUGACUACCUCUCCUGAUAUCCUAGCAUAAGGCAUAUAUUUUGGCACAUCAUAUUUGCAAUAAGAGUAAGGGAAUCAGAUAGAAUGGAUAUCGGUAUGAGGGAAGAGGGCGGGUGGUGGCAGGCAGGCAGGUUGUACUUACUUGAACCUUCCAGCUGGUCCUCUUUUCUCCCAGUGUCAAGAAGUGUUAAGUGUCAGAAAAAUACUGAAACAAAUUAGUCCUUACUUUGUCUAAGUUUAUAUUUUAACUUAGUUGGAAUUUCAGUGAAAUUCCAACACAGUUAACAUAGGAGGAAGGGGGAAAGGUGGAGGGAGACAAUGACGAUUUAAAAACAUUCAAUGAUACCAUAGAGUAGCGUUUAGCAAUCAUUUUAGAACUGUUCUUAUACAUCUGAAAAAUCCAAAUGAUCCUAUCCAGGGCCUGCAGAAAGAUGUUUACUGCCCUAGGCAAAAAUGGAGUUUACUACCCCUCAGCUACCCCACAUCUCCCUUCAGUCUGUUUUUACUUCUUUUGGCCUUUCUAGUUUGUCUCUCUGCAAAUGUUUUUUCUUUCUUCCUAAAAUUCUCUUUCUAUCUGAAUCAUGCUACACGUGCCUCUUUUCUAAAACUGUUGUCUAUAUAGUAUUUUUUUCAGUUACACUAUUUUUACCUUGAAUUUGCAAUUCCUAUUGAUUUAACCUCACAUUCUCACUUUAUUGAAUAACCCUGUAAAUUUUGCAAUUCUCUUGUCACUUCUGCACAAUUUCUUCUUGGCAAAUAAACUGUACAGAAACAAGUAUCUGUGUUGAGCUAGUUCUGAUUAUAAUAGAAGAUACCCCAAGACGAUAAACAAAGAACAUGAUUUACUUUGUAUGACUGAUGGAGCUUGCUGCUGAAAUCACAACUCUUGGAUAUAAGUCUAUUAUUUGAGGUCUGCUGACAAAUACUGGUGCAGUUAUCAGCCAUGUGUAAUUUAGCGUUAGAAGUUAAUGUCCUGACUAAAUAUGGUUUUAUAAUUCUAUAAAACGAAUAAUUUGUUUUGCAGGCUGAAGAUUUGUUGGUUUCAGAGGGCCAGCUCUUUGGCCAAAAGGGAGGCUGUUGCCUUAAGAUUAUAGACAGUGAGCGAGCACUCAAGAAGACAAUUGGACCUAAGUACGGAGAAGACUUCAACUUCGUCAACCCAUCAGGAGUUUGCGUAGAUAAAAGCGGCAAUUUUUUUGUAGCCGACAGAGGAAAAAACAAUGUCACCAUGUUUAACCGGGACUCCUCAUUAUCAUCAUUAGUUGUGACGCAAGACCUAGAAGGGCCUGCAGGGAUCACUGUAACAAAUAAUGGACUGCUUGUUGUGACUGAUUGUUACCAUCAUAGUGUAAAAUUGUAUAAAUACAAACAGGAAUUGAUACUUUGAAAUUCUAAAAUGAAGAAAUUAAGUUCAAUUAGCACAGAAUAUGGAUACAUCGUAAAUUGGUUUUAAUACAGUCUAUGUAACAAAAUAUAGCCAAUCUAAUACAGAUUGCCGUAUGCUUAAAUGCCCUUCAUGUGUUUAUAUAUUUGUAAUCCAGGUCUAUUCUUUUUAUGUAUAAACACACAAAUGCUGUAGUGCCAUCUGCUGGCUGAAUGUAAAUUUUUCAAGUUGUAUUAAAG